AUGGAGUCAAAUGAGACUCCGGAAACGACUUUGGCCCAGAGACUGGCGGCUGUGGAGAAACAGCUGGCAGAUCUCAAGGUGCAGCCAGUCCCCUCGCCCAUGAAGGUGGUUGGGGAACUUGAGCCGCUCUCCCCAAUCGAUCAGAAAGUCGAGACCAAGAAUGAAGAUGCGCAGCCCAAGUCACGAGUGAAGCUCAUCAUCAGCAAGACUGAUCCCGAGACUGGGGAGAUCGUCCAGGAUGACAGCAAAGUCCUCAAGACAAACGACAAAGAUGAAGACAGAGACAGGUACGCCUUUGCUCUUCGGAAGAUGGUCCAAGACAACGAUAACUCACGACAAAUCUCUUCCGAGAUUGACAUCAUCAACUUGGAUCUGUGGGCUUUGUUGAAAGAGAGGCUGAGCUACUACCCAUAUCACCUCUAUCGUGAUUCCCCUGUCACCCUCUGGUCUCCCUACGAGUCUCUUGUAUUCGAGUUCGACGCUCUGAUGGCGAUGUCUCAGGUCGAGCCGACCAGUGAUACUGACAAAAGGGCUCGUGAGGACCUGAAGCUACUUCUUGAUACUAUCUCUGGUGGCUCGUCUGGUGAUGAACGGCUUGACAAAUAUUUCAAAGCCCGACAAAACUACAAGAAGCAGAAGCCUGAGACCGUCCAAUUUGAAGAUCUAUGGACUGUCUUCCAACCAGGAACUCUGGUCUAUGGCCAACCCUUCCAAGGUCAGCCGCAGGUCUUCGUCGUCAAGGACAAUUUUAGGCCUUGGCCAUGGCAAAGACCCGACAAAAAGGCGAGAGGCGGCACUCGUCCCGAUACUUGGGAGCUCGAUGCCUGGUCAUAUGACUGGCGAGAUGGCUCAUUUAGUCGUUGUCUGUUUGUACUUAACUUCGACCACUUUGAAGGUCAUCUUCCCUUGACGUCUCUCCCUUACUAUCCAUUCGAGCUUCAUCCCGAGUAUGAGGCUAAGCGCGCAGAACUCAUUGCUCGGGGAAGGGACUUUCGGAAGAUUUGUGAGGCCAAGCAGGGAUCGAGGCUCUUUGAUUACCGUGGCAGGUCGGUCAUCGAGAAGAAGGGUCUCGCUGUCGCGCGACAGGACGAUGAUAGUUUCGACGGUGAUACCGCCAGCUCGUAUAUGAUAGGCUCCCAAGUAGGACACAACCACAAUGGCGCCACCGUUCUGGCUCCCCGAUCAUCCGAGGUCAAGAGCAGGGUCAUGGUAGACUACGAGUCCUACUUCGAAUACGGCGGCGCAAACGUAAGAAACGGUCCUCUUACGGCUGUUGACAGCGAAGAGUGCCUCUGUUUCGAUUGCCAGCAGAACACUGGCCUCUGCGCUCGUUAUCGAACUCACUUCGACCAAGCCAGAUUUGUUCUUCAGAAGGAGUGGGAAGAGGAACAGUACUUGAUAUGUCCACCUCGUGUGCUAGGAUAUAUCCUGAAGGACAAACAAUGGGCUCAGCUCCAAGUCACCCUUCUAAGUCCCCUGAGUCAGUAUGAUGAUGAUGAAUUGCUCUCGCGUCUCAAAUUGGCAGACGACCCCACUGACACGUCAUCGAAGAAAGAAAAGGACGAGUCCACCAAGGCGCUUCUUUUAGACCUUGUUCGAAGUCACACUUCAACUGAGGUGAAGACGGAAGCAGAGGACGAGGAAAGGUUAAACGUGGAUGACAUUAUCCCAGACAAAGGAAAAGGGCUCAUCAUCCUUCUUUAUGGUCCGCCCGGAGUUGGCAAGACUUCGACAGCGGAAGCUAUCGCAAUCGCUACAGGCAAAGCCUUGUUCUCGGUUAGCGUUGCUGAUGUUGGCACGCAAGCGAAGCAUGUCGAAUCGAACCUAGCCAGAAUUUUCGCACUUGCGACGAAGUGGCAGGCAAUUCUACUUAUUGAUGAAGCAGACGUCUUCCUUGAGAGUCGUGGUAGAGGCAACAAGGCCAUCUCGACAGAGAAAAACGCAUUGGUCUCUGUGUUUCUCCGCGUGUUGGAAUACUACCAGGGAAUCAUGUUCCUGACCACCAACCAAAUCGCUGAAUUUGACGUUGCUAUCCCGUCCAGAAUCCAUCUAGCCAUCAAAUACGAGAGUCUCAAGAAGUCUCAAAUGGAGGCUAUCUUCUACAGCUUUCUUGACCCUCUGGAAGAUAAGCGGCUUAUUUCAGACUAUGAAGAGAUAAAGGAAUGGUUGGAUGAUGUUGUCUACAAAGAACAUUUCGAUGGUCGCCAGAUCCGCAAUAUGGUAACUACAGCUCUGGGUCUGGCACGUGCAGAGGCAGCCCAAGGUAAGGGAAAGAAACAAUUGACGAAGAGUCAUAUGAAGAGGGCUUUCAAGAACAUGAGUACUUUCAAGCGGGAUUUCAAUAUCCAGAUGCAGAGGUAUAUCGAUGGACAAGAGAAGAUGAUCAAGUGA